AUGGAUGAAGUUGAUGCAAAUUAUGUUGAAUGUAUAAGUCAAGAAGGUUCAUCUAAUUACGAACCUAUAGAUAACUUAUUUUAAAUCUACUCUGAUAAAGUCAACAAUAAACCUGAAUAAUAAAAAAGGUUCUUUAGUGGAUAAAAAAAAAAUAGCGAACCUAUUGAAUAAUCUUAUAAUAAUCCAAUAUCAAAUUCUGAAAGUAAAUCGAAUACUCAAAACAAAGAAGCUGUUUAAUUUUAGCUGAUUUCCUUUUAUGAAUAAAACCUCCAAAACUUAAAGUAGAUGGUUAUUGAUAAAGAUGAAGAUAUCAAAAUUAGAGAUGAAAAGAUUCUUGAAUAAUCUAUUCUAAUAAAUCUCAUAAUAACCAAAUAUAAUAAGAUAUAAAAUAUUUUAUAAGAGGAAAGAGAUGAAUUAUUUGAAAAAUAUAUGCAAGCUAUGGAUGAAAUACAAAAUUUAAGUUAAAAAUAGCAAUAGCAAUAAUAAUAAUAAUAAUAGUAACUUCUAUUGAUGUAAUAAAAAAUCUAACAAUAAUUACAAUAAUAACUAACAUAACAUCUUUAAAGUUUUUAAGCUCCAAUUGACUAUGAUUGUAAAUUAAUAGAACUUCAUGAAGCCAAACAAUAGGUUAAUCAUUAUAAAAAUUAAUGUAUUAAUCUAGAAGUUAAAGUCAAAGAAACUGAAGUAAAAUUAGAGGAUUCAAAUUUAAGAUUGAAUGAAGCAUAUAUCCGAAUUGAUUUUCUUGAAAAAGAAGCGAGAAAUGUCUCAUAAUAAAAUGUAACUUAUUUAUUACACUUAAGGUUGUACUAGAUAAUUAAUUUAAAUCCUUAUUAUAGUAAUUUGAAUAAUAUUAGUAAAUAUAAAAAAAGCAAAGUUAAUAAUUUUAAUUUAGAGAAGCUGCAAGUAUGAUGAAUAGUACAUAUAGUAAUUAAUCAAUCAGUGAAUAAUAGAUUCUUUAAACUGUUAAUUAAAAUAGUUCUAAGCAUGAAUAACUACAAGAAAAUGAUGAUUUAAUAAAUACUUACACAUAAUUUAAGAAGUAGAAUAGUCUUAAAUAAUUUAAUCAGAUGCUAGUAUAAUCAACUUAAAACAAAUAGUAGAAUGGUAAAUAGGAUUCUUAAUAAACAUCAUAUAAUCAAGGGGGAAUUUUAAAUUUUCCAUCUGAUUUUCGUACUUAGUAAUAGAAGGAUUUAGAAUUAUAAUUAACAAAUUAACUGAAUGAAUUAACAAUUAAAAAGUAAUCUUUGGAGAGUGAAUUGAAUAAAAAGAUUAAUAUUUCAAAAACAGCUUUAGAAAGAAGAAAAAGGGAAUAAUUAGAGCAAGACUUGGAUUAAAUUUAAGAUUAAAUCAAUAAAGUAAAAUUAAAAUUAAGAGAAAAUAAAUUUAUUUGA